UUAGUGACGAGCCCCUGUUGCUAACUUGUUCAAGUAGCUGCACAUUUAUACGGUAACCGUUAAGGUUAUGUCACGCGUUUAUAAUGCGAAUUUUGCGUGUACAGCUUGUAUAAAUUUCGUGUCUUUUUUAUUGCUGGAGUAAUCGAGCGUUUCAAGAUGAAUGCGAAAGAGAACUCCACUGCACCAGCGAAGAACACGAACGCGCCGAAUGCAAAGCUCUACGGCAAGAUCGUAUUGACGUUGCAGAAUUGUCUACUACCCGAAGAAAAGCUCAACUCCACGCCGUCGCAUUUGGACGGUCUCGAUGCAGAAACUGAGACGGAUUUGCGGAUUUUAGGAUGCGAAUUAAUACAGACAGCCGGCAUUCUACUAAAAUUGCCGCAGGUUGCAAUGGCUACGGGACAAGUAAUUUUCCAACGAUUUUAUUAUAGUAAAUCUUUAGUUAGACACAAUAUGGAGACAACUGCAAUGGGUUGCAUCUGCUUAGCUAGUAAAAUCGAGGAAGCACCCAGGCGUAUCAGGGAUGUAAUCAACGUUUUCAAUCACGUAAAACAAGUUUCUAGCCAAAAAGCGAUUCAACCUGUGGUUUUGGAUCAGAACUAUGUAGCUCUAAAAAAUCAAGUGAUUAAAUCGGAGAGAAGAGUUUUGAAAGAACUGGGCUUCUGCGUUCAUGUAAAGCACCCUCACAAGAUCAUAGUUAUGUAUUUGCAAGUGUUGGGAUAUGAAAAAAAUCGCGCUCUAAUGCAACAAAGUUGGAAUUACAUGAAUGAUUCACUGCGUUCCGAUGUGUUUUUGCGCUAUCAGCCGGAGACAGUGGCGUGUGCGUGCGUUUAUCUGGCCUCUCGCCAGCUACAACUGCCAUUGCCCACAUCACCUGCUUGGUUCUCGCUGUUCAGAGUCAGCGAAUCGUCGAUCAGAGAUGUGUGUCGGCGUAUAUUGCGUCUUUACUCGCGACCGCGUGUGAAACCCGAGCAACUGGAAAAGCGCGUUGAAGAGCUACGACGUCAAUACGAGGAGGCCAGGACCAAGGCACGCGGCGGAGAUGUCGAUGGUCAUACACCAAGUCCACCAUUACCGAAACAUCACAACGCUUGGGGCGGAUUUAUCAGUCGUAGUGGCACGCAUGCAGCUCCAGAAAGAACGAAAUCCCCCAGGCGUUCAAAAUCUCCAAGUACCUCGCCAUCACGGGGCGAUGGGACAAAGCAUUCUAAACGAAAAAAGCAUAGCAGAAGUAGAUCUCGAAGUCAUAGUCAUGGAAGAUCUUGCAAACCCAAGAAAACGCAGCGAAGACGAUCAGGUAGUCACAAAUCAUCACGAAGAUCACGAAGUUAUAGGUCGCGAAGUCGAUCUCGAGAUAGAGAUUUGGAAAAAUCGAGCAAACAUCGUAGCAAGCAUAGACGGCACUGAGCAUACUGAUAUACAUAGACGCAAUUUUGAACUGUGAAAUAUCACUGAGUAAAACAUUGAACCGAUUGUAAUUAAUUUUUAAUGUGUAGGCCUAUCGUGCCAUUUCUUUAGUUUAUUUGAAAAUUGACAAUUACUUUCUAGAUCUUGAAAAGUUUUAGUAUAAAAUGUAUGUUUGUUAUCGGUAAUAUUGUGGAACAAUUUUUUCUUACAAGCAAGUAUUUUCAUUAUUUACAGAUACACAAUUUUUGUCAAAAAUUACAAGUGGUCAACAAAUAUAUCGCUUUUUAAUAAG